GCAUCUUUCUAGCCCCUCUUGAUCUACGUCUAUGCCUGCUCUACUUGCGGAUUGUCCCGGAAACAUUGUCGUCCACAUUGUUGCUGGCGCCGCUGCACUGUCAACAGGUCUCUGAUGAUGUAUUUCUAGUUUUCCUCGUCGUAGAGUAGAAUAUGAAUAUGAGUAAGAAUCGCAUCCGCAUCAAAAACUAAAAUUCUAAGUGCUUUUUUAUCAGAUGAAUACAUCGGUAGUGACGGGGUUGUCCUCUACUUCACCCUCGGUUGUAAUGACCGCAUACUAGCCCAGCAACGGUGCCCCUUUGGUCCUUUCGCAGUUUCAUUCUCCCAGAGGUAAAAGAGGUCCUUGGCUUGUGAAUCUCCCGCCGUCCUCUGCGUAUAAUUACCUAAACGACAAAGAGCCCGGCAGCAUGGUGGACGUGGACGCUACCAGUCUGACGAUCACCGUCGUUGCCGCCUUUUUCCUCUGCGCGCUGGCGGUGGGCGGAGGCGUAGGAGGUGGGGCGCUCUACAUGCCAGUGUAUGUUGGCCUUCUCAACGACGCACAUUUGGCGGUGCCGCUCGCGAAGAUAACAACAAAUGGUAAAAGGUCAUAUGUGGUGAAGAAUAAGUUUAAGUUGUAGAAGAGGUUUGUUCUUUCGCGUACGCCUUCUUGUCUUGAGUUUGCGCUUUACUUAUUUGUAAAUUCAAGAGAAUGAGAAUGCAGAAAUGAUCAAGAUGAAUAUCAACCAUUUGUUCGCAGGUGUCGCCUGGUCCGCGUUUUUCUUCAAUCUGUUUGCCCGACACCCCGACGACAGCAGGCGACCCUUGAUCAACUACGACGUGGCACUGAUUAUGGAGCCCCUCACGCUCAUUGGUACCAUCAUCGGCGUCGCACUCAACGUGAUACUGACGUCAGGUAUGUUGAGUUGUUCCCAUGUUGUUUUGCAACGCGUAGUGUGAGCAAAUGAUUGGGAUUGCUCUUUUAUUUUUCCUUGCUAGUAUUUUUCUUUUUCUUUGUCUUUCAUUUUCUUUUCUUGGUCGGUGAUUCUUGAACGAAUUCGAAAUACGGCAGGCCACGUUCUCUUCACACUAGUCACGGUUCUGGGAUUCACCGCCUACCGGACCCUGGAGAAGGGUUGCAAACAGAGAAAUAAGGAACUUGCGUUUUUGAAGGAUAGAGCGGAGGCGACGGGAAUAUCGUAUAGUCAAGCAAGAGCUUGAGCUUGAUGCUCAUAUUUUGCUUUGGAUGAUGAUGAAUUUGCAGCGAUGCACAUGCAAGGAUAAAAAGCAAGCGCGCUCGCGAGAAAGUUUGGUCCUCGCAAAAAUUUGGAUUUGACGAAACUCAAACUUCUCCUUUUCCAGGUCCGCUCCUUCCUCCGCAGUCGAGCUGCCAUCCGUCACGUCCCAACAAGAGCGCGCUGCGCUGCUUGGAACGGAAACCGACGAUUCCUCAAACCCCGCUCCCAGAUGGUUUCCAGUGGACAAAUUUCUCACUAUGGUGGGCCUGUGGGUGUUUCACUGUGCCUGUCUGUUCUACGCCGGCGGACCCUUCGCCAUAGCCUGCGGGGAGCCGCAGGAAAAGGCUGCGAUAGUGCUGAACUUCCUCGUGCAGCUCGGGUUCACGCUCUACUGGCGCAGAAGGUGUUUGAACUUACAGGAAAAGAAGCGCAACGACGCGGCCCUACUCGAAAACGAUUUUGCCGCGACGACAACCGCUGGCACUGGUCAACGGCACCUGGUUCAGGAAAAUUUCCAGUUCGGCACCAUGAACACCCUCGUCUACCCCUUUCUGAGCGGCGUUGCGGGUGUAUGCGCGGGCGCGCUGGGGAUCGCGGGCGGGCUGAUAAAAGGGCCACUUAUGGUGGACUGGGGUUUGGCCGCGCAAAGUGCGACGGCGACGGCCAUCUUCAUGAUCAUGUUCACCUCAAGUUCCACGAUCUUGCAGUUCGUGAUCCUGGGCCGACUGGAGCUGAAGAUAAGCCUUCUCCUCUGGUUUACCGGUUUUGGCGGCGGCCUGCUCGGUUCCAAAAUGGUCGCGAGUGUGCUGAAGAAAUUCGACCGGCAGAGCUUCGUGACCUUCUUCCUCGGGUUCAUCAUCGUCGCGUCCGCGCUCUGCAUGUGCAGCGUCGUCAUCCUGCAAAUGCUGGACAUUUUCCCGCAACCACACUCAGAUAAGGACCUGGACUAUUGCUCAUUGGCCGCGCUGCACUAAGGCAAGAGCUGGGUCCACUGUCCAUCUUGUCCUGGUGUUUUCCUAACGCAAGGCUUAGGCUAAAGCAGGAGGGGAAGGUCGCCGUCGGCGGUGUCGUUUUCGUUGCAGCUGCGCUUCCUGCAAAACAAAAGAUCGGGGACAACAUCUCUGGGGGAAAAGAGAAGCGCAAUAACCUCCUCGUCCUGCUCUGGAGCACCGUUGGAACGCAGCCGCGAUACCGCCGUUCUGUCCCCGUUGGAACAAACGCAGUCAGAGCCUGGUGGUCAUACCCCGGAAAGGAGGUGGCCCAGCAGCUGAGGUGGUUCUGAAGGUGGAAUGAGAAUGACGAGGUAGCUGUGGAGGACGGCAAUUGACAAAGAGAAAGAAAUUGAAGAUCAAGACGACUUUUUCAAAAAACGCCGGAAUAAAAUUGCCUAAUUUCCAGCUUGAAAGAAAUAAAGACAAAGAGUUGUAGACCUUCACAUUGCGCAUCGAUCCAACUAUAUCUAAGGACGAAUGCUGCCUUUAACAUCAAUCCGCUGAUGAAUGCUCAAGAAGAAGUAGAAAGCACCUUUGUUCCGAGUACGCUGCGCACAUCUACUAGCAGCAGUGGCACACGACCAUGGAAGACGUCCUUGUGUCCUUGUGCUUCUGCUUGUUCUCGUUCCCUGAAUUCUGCUCCUCGGCACAAUUGUGCAACAGUAUCACGACCACACUAGCCAGUGUUUGAGCUUGAGUUUCUCGUCUGUAAUACCCGGCGCUGACCCUGUGCUCGUGCGCAUCGAGCGUUUUGAGUCAUACCAAAUGGCGCGAGGCGGCGUUUCGUUUCGUGUUCGUGCAGCCGCAGCACGCGCUGCUGAACUGCUUUUGCUGCAAUGCUCCACC